UAUUUCAAAGUAUUCGUUACCUAAAGAAAAAAAUCGUAUUUUAUUAAACAUGUCCCUGUACGAUGAUCUUGACACUAUCAAAGCUCGAACGACUGAGAAGGUGGCUGGAUGGUCUUCAGGAAUUAAACUAUUGCAGUCGCAGCUACAAUUGAAAAAGGCUGCCGUAACACAGCCAAAGAGAGAAGCAUUACGUCGCUCAACACAGGUGUUAACUCCAGUGAUAGAUCUGAAGAGUAAAUCAAGAGAUGAGGAUGAUACAAAUUCCAAUAGUCCUCAGCACCAGCCAAAGACCCUCACAGCUUCUCUUAAUGUCAGGGAUUUUGACUGGAAUGUUGCCAAUGAAUAUGAUCCUAUGUGGCCUAAUGAUUAUGAGAAAGUUGCUAAAGAAAUGCAGGCGAAGCGACUACAACUGGAUGGACCAGACAGAAGUGAUAGAUCAGAAAGAAAACGCAAGAGCCGAUUUGGCGACGAAGAAGAUAUCAUUCCAGAGAAAACUUUAAUAGCUAUGCAACCAGAGGAAGAAGAAGCAGAGGAAAUCACAAAGCGUUCAGCAGGCGUGGCAAUAGCGCCACCGCCGUCACUGACGUCAGAAACACCUUCGCCACCACCGCCAGUCGUGCCUCCGCCCGCACCCAUCAGCAGCCCAGGAUUUUCACUAGGCGGAUAUGGCGCGAGCUCAGUAGCUGCUAAAAUUAUGGCUAAAUAUGGGUUUAAAGAAGGUCAAGGCCUAGGCAAGAAAGAACAGGGCAUGUCAGUAGCUUUGCAAGUGGAAAAGACGUCGAAGAGAGGAGGUCGUAUUAUUCACGAGAAGGAUGGUAAUGUUAUGCCACCUCCAGGAUUUGCGAUGCCAGGUUCAGAUUCACCAAAUUCACCACUGUCGAAACAAGAACCUUCAAUUACAGAAAUAAUGAAAUCACCAAGUAAAGUGGUGCUGCUAAGAAAUAUGGUGGGACCAGGCGAUGUCGAUGAAGAUCUAGAGCCAGAAGUAAAGGAUGAAUGUAAUACCAAAUACGGUGAAGUUGUAAAAGUAGUAAUUUAUGAACUCCCCAAUGCUCCAGCAGAUGAGGCUGUCAGAAUAUUUGUGGAAUUCAAGAGAAUCGAGAGCGCUAUCAAAGCGGUUGUUGACUUGAAUGGAAGAUUUUUCGGAGGCAGACAAGUCAAAGCAGGCUUCUACGAUAUGGAGAAGUUCAACACCUUACAGUUAACUGAAUAGUUUUGUGAUCAUUGACCUACCAAGAAAUGGACGUCGGGUCUAAUACAAAAACCACGGAAAAAAUGUCCGAAAUUAACUAUACAAACGUCGUGACAUGUAACGAAAUGUAAAAAAAAAACAAAAAAAUUUAAUCUAAAUUGUAACGUCAUUGCAGUACUGCCUAAUUUUGCUUGCAACAAUUUA